GCAAUGUAAGGCAGGACUUCCUAACUUACAGUAUAGUGCAUUCUGGGAGAUGUAGUCCACACACUAAGCAUUGUGGACAAAAGGCAGAGGAGGGUGAGCUACAAGAAGGACAGAAGAUUACGAGGGUAGACUUGGUUUUGUCAUAAACUGUAAGAAAAUAUGGCAGCCUGUGAUACGAGGCUACAACAGGUCAGGGAUGCCAUUGCAGCAGCACACAAAGAAUGCUCCCCCACUGAAAAACGACAGUACUAUGACCAAUGGUCCGGCCAAUAUGAAGAGGAUGUCUCAGUAUUGGAAUACAAAGCCCCCCAUUUGGCUGCCAUUGCAUUGGCAUCAGUGUGCAAACUGAAUCAGAAGUCAAAGCUGGUGCUGGAUGUAGCUUGUGGCACAGGACUUGUCGCUGAAGAGUUGCUGCGCUUUGGAUUUAAAUUGUUUGAUGGCUUGGACGGUAGUGCAGGGAUGCUGGAGGUUGCUAAGCACAAAGGACUGUACCAGGAGCUGAAGGAGUGCAUGCUGGGACAGGGUCCGCUACCAUCUGACUCUGACAAAUAUGAUGCAGUCAUUAUAGUAGGAGCUCUGAGUGAUGGAAAUGUCCCAGUAGCUGUGGUCCCUGAACUGCUGCGUGUCACGAAACCAGGUGGCCUGUUAUGUCUGACCACACGUAGCAACUUCUCAAAUCUGCAGUACAAGUGUGAUCUAGAAAAAGCCAUGUCUGAUCUACAGAACAAAGGACUCUGGGAACAGAUCUCUGUAGAGGAAGUGGAACAGUGGGAGAGAGCCACAUCAGAAACUGAGGUUACAAAAGAUUCUGAUUACAUCCCUGGUAUCAUAUACCUCUACAGGAAAACCGCAUCUUCCUCCACUGUUCAUUAAUGGCAUGGAAGGUUUUUGCUGGGUUGUAUAACUGUAUUGCUUUAUUAAAAAAAAAAACAUUUUUACAUAA